CUAGAAAGGAAUCUUUUUUUAUAUUGAUAAGCUGCAUUGAAUUUUAAGUGUUGGAUAUUUUUCUUAUUAAAUUAGGAUUCAUGAUCAAGUGAACCCAGAAAAGUCCCUCAAUUUGAUUGGAUCUUGCUACUUAUUCCUAACCAAUCCGUUUGCCACUUUAGCGGUUAAACUUUACGUUCAUCAGCUCACCCUUUCUAACAUAUGAUUGUUUUUUUUAUUUAUUCAUCUAUCUCAUUGGAUUUAAUUAAUAUUAUCUUUAUUAAUUUUUCUACUUGUUUAUACUUCAAAUGAAUUCAGAUCGAAGUAGUUCUAUAAAACCUCCAUUAAAGAGUGCAACAGGCUGGCCCAGAGGAUGUCAAUUAAAAGAAGAUGUUUCUUUGAAUAAAUAUUUACUUGAUGCCAAUCGGACCAUUAACUUAUACUCUUUAGAUAAUUAUUCUUUUGGCACCAAAAAUGCUCUCUAUGAGAAAGAUGCAUCUAUAUUGGCGCGAUUUCAACGUAUGAAGGAGGAAUUUGCGGUCUAUGGAAUGAGACGAUCAGUUGAUGCCGUACUUUUGGUUCAUCAGCAUAAAAUACCUCAUGUGUUACUUCUUCAAUUAGGAACAACUUUCUUCAAGUUACCUGGAGGAGAACUGAAUCGAGGGGAAACUGAGGUUGAUGGAUUGAAAAGGCUGCUAAAUGAAAUAUUAGGCCACGAUGAGGAUGAUGAUAAUUUUGCUGUUCAUUGGAAAGUUGAAGAUGUUAUUGGCAAUUGGUGGAGACCAAAUUUUGAUCCUCCUCAGUAUCCAUACAUUCCAGCUCACAUUACUAAGCCUAAGGAACACAAACGAUUGAUUCUGGUCCAAUUACCAGAGGAGACUAAAUUCAUUGUUCCUAGAAAUUACAGACUUGUGGCUGCUCCAGUUUUCGAGCUAUUUGAUAAUGCUCAGGGUUAUGGGCAUAUUAUUGCUAGUUUACCUCAAGCUUUAAGUCGUUUUAAUUUCAACUACUUAUGACCAAAAUUGCACUGUUGAUCUACUCUUUUUUAUUUCGUUUCACUUGUGAAUAAUGAGUAAUCCAAUUAAGAUCAAGUAGUGCAAUUACUACUCAUAAAUCCUUUUCAACCUAAGACAAAGUUAAAUAUUCAUGAUUCAAUCUUCUCGAUCGACGCAUCAUUCCUCUAAUUUGAUGUAUCAAUUCAUUAUUUACAUAGAUAUAAUUAAAUUUCAAAUGUGAUCUAAAACUUUC